CUGAUUACAAUUCAAUGCUGACCAAGGUCUGUUUUCAGGUAAAGGUUGUUAUUUUGGGACAAGAUCCAUACCAUGGACCCAAGCAAGCUCAUGGGCUCUGCUUCAGUGUCCAGAAACCUGUUCCACCUCCCCCCAGCUUGGAGAAUAUUUACAAGGAGCUGUCUGAGGACAUUGAGGGCUUCACCCACCCUGGCCAUGGGGACCUGACGGGCUGGGCCAAGCAAGGGGUGCUGCUGCUGAACGCGGUGCUGACGGUUCGGGCUCACCAGGCCACGUCCCACAAGGAGAGGGGCUGGGAGCAGUUCACGGAUGCUGUGGUGUCGUGGCUCAACAAGAACCUGCACGGGCUCGUCUUCAUGCUCUGGGGAGCCUAUGCCCAGAGGAAAGGCAGCUCCAUCGACAGGAAGCGUCACCACGUCCUGCAGACGGUUCAUCCCUCACCCCUCUCUGUCAACAGAGGGUUCUUUGGCUGCCGGCACUUCUCCAAGACCAAUGAAUUCCUCAAGAAAUCUGGGAAGAAGCCCAUUGACUGGAAAGCUCUCUGAGCUGGGGCUGGGGCUUGGGAGUGGUCCCUGGGCCAUUUCUGAGAGACUCCUCCUCAGGUGUUGAUCAAUUUCCAAACUUUCAGAGAUGGUGUUGAUCAAUUUCCAAACUUUCAGAGAUGAUUAUAUUUUUGUUUUUAAUGUUUAUUUUCUGAGAGGGUGUGGGAGUGUUUGAUGGACAGCUCUGCUGCUGGAGCAGAUCUUGGCCUGGUUUGAAGCAAAACAAAAGACCCCACAUACCUGAGUUGUGUAUUAAUUUCUGGUCAUUUUGGCAAUGAGAAUUUAUUUUCAGACUCUGGUGAAGGGAUGUCAGUUCUUACUGAGCUGCUCAGCUUUUGUGCAUGCUCUGCUUCCUCCAUCCCACACAAAUCCAGUUUGCCUGUUUAGGGGGAAUGGAGCUGUCUCCAUGGGAGGAAAAGGCUUUUGGUUUUAGCUUUUUGCUACAGAUUUAUCACACAAAUGGCUUCUCAAGGCUGUGAAGAAAAUACAGGGUCAGGAGUGUUGCUUGGUCUAUCCAUGAUCUCAAGAUUUUGGGAUAAAUCCUCCCUUCAGCCACAGGGAGGCUGUGACCAAGACCUGUGGAAAUGCUUUUGAAUUUUUUGCUGGUGUUUAGACAGGAAAAUCCAAAGGUUUUAGUUUCUUCCUGGGUGUGGAAUCACCGGGUGACAGGUGAGCUGUGCUGACCAAGGACCUGGGGGUAUUUGCUGAUGGCAGCAGCGAAGGUUUGUUCAUCGACAUCUCCCAGUUCAGGGACUGAUAGCUGCAAAUUUCUUCAGAUCUUUUUAAGAUCUUAAAAGAUGGAACUUUGUGCUUUGCCACCUUGGGAGCAAAUUAAAGUUUCCACCUGCUGUUGGCAAUAACUGUCAGGAUUUCCAGGAGGGAGAAGUGUUGACUUCAUACUCCUGGGUUUCCAGCCCAUCUUUGACUUUGUAAUUCCUUUAAUAGAAAUGAAGAGCCCUUAUUUUUUUUUUUUUUUUUAAAUCACACCAGUUUUUAUAGAAUAUCCUUGUUACCCUUCCUCUGGUGUUGUCUCUGAGCUAACACUAUCACGAGUGAAUUGACACUGUCUGUGGCCUUGCUGUAUAUGUUGUUUGCUUGGGGUUUUUUUUUCCGAGUGUGUUUUUUUUAAAUAAAAAUGACUUUGUUUACA